AUGCCAAAAUCGUCCUUUUACCUUUUUAAAUGCAUAGAAUCCUAUAUCCUGUAUCUAUUUAUUGUUUGCUUGCCUGUUUUUGUACCGUCCUACUGCCUUAUCAUUGGCGAAAAUCGUACAUAUCUCCAACAAGACGAAAUACUGUGUGGAGACUUUGACGUCCGUCGACCCUCAGCUCUGUCACGCAUCAAGUCAUGCACUGUUAUCGAAGGAAAUCUCCUAAUUGUUAUGACGAAGCUUCCCGUGAAUGCCUCAAUACCAAAUCUCAGGGAAAUAACAGGAUUUCUUGUGAUUUACGACCUUACAGGGUUGGAUGGGCUGGCUACUCUUUUCCCCAACCUAACUGUCAUUCGUGGACGAUCAUUGAUAUCCAACUUCGCCCUUGUCAUUCGCAGUACUUCCUUGAAGACAAUUGGACUGCCAUCACUCCGCGUCAUUCAGCGUGGUGGAGUGCGUGUUGAUCUGAAUACGAACCUCUGCUAUGUACGAACUGUGAAUUGGUCCUACAUUCUGGGAAAUCAGACAGCGGCGGCUGCUCCCAUUCGUUUAUUAACAAACCGCCUUAUAUGUCCAGACACAUGUUCGCCUGAGUGUGUGGCCUCCACACCAGAAUCAAGGAGUUUAACCGAGUUAAAGGGCACUUCUCAUGAAAAAGAUGCCAAGCUGGGUCACUGCUGGUCGUCGUCUUUCUGUCAAUCCAUCUGCUCUUCAAACUGCACGAACCGUGGGCUCGCAUGCCGAAUGGACAACACGCAUCUCUGUUGCCAUGACGAGUGCCUUGCUGGCUGUUACGGCCCUGGUCCAGGGGCAUGUGUAGCCUGCAAGGGGGCUCUACAUCGUGGAAUUUGCGUCUCUCAAUGCCCUCCGACCACUUACCUCUUCCAUGGGCGUCGGUGCGUGACCGCUGCGGAGUGUUUCCAUAUGAGCAGUACCUACCGUUUCCCCCAUGUUACUGGUAGCAGCGGAAGCAGUGUUGCCGGCUCCGGCGUUUCGGUGACAAUCAACGCUACUGGACCCGGAGCCACCACCACUGUUCGUCAGUUCGCUAUCCAUCAAGGUCGGUGUGUUCCUGAUUGUCCCUCAGGUCAUCAGCGCGAUGAAGGCAGUGGGGAAUGUAUGCCGUGUGGCGACACGUGCCCGCGAAUUCGAUGCCAUCAUAUGCUAAUAAACAGUCUAAAGUCACUGUCAAAACUGAAGGACUGCUACUCUGUUACUGACCUCUACAUCUCGAUUCAUGAGGGCGACACAGCUCUGAUCCAGCAGCAGUUCGAUGAGGCUUUUUCAAGUCUGCGGGAGGUUGAAAGUAUCAAGGUUGUUCGAGCGACGGCUCUCACUUCUCUUGCUUUCCUUCGCCACGUCAAGCGCAUCAAUACCACCCCCGACUCCUCGCCCAACGUGACAGUAAUGGAGAUAAGAGGCAAUGACAAUCUGCUCGAACUGUGGCCUCCGCCGGCGGAGAACGGGACAGGCGGACUCCAAAUUGUGUCGGAGGGGCUUGUGCAUUUCAUCCUUAAUCGCUAUCUCUGUCCCAAGAAGAUUACUGACUUGGUGAGGACGGGCGCUCUGGUGCUACCUGGUGGACGCAACUUUCGUACUGAGGAGCUUGAACUCGCUGAGGCUACCAAUGGCAAACUCGGCUUCUGCGAAACUACACAAAUCUCGCUUGAGUUAAAGGAUGUCUUCUCCUCAACUGCUGUCAUCCAAUGGCCACGUUUCUUUGACAACCGCCCAGCCGGUCAAACCGCUUCCACUCUGGUGUUGGUAUUCUUCCAAGCUACAACAAAAAAUUUGACCGUCUAUUCGAAUCGGCUCUCCUGUGGCGAUGAUUCAUGGAAGAUGAUUCCUUCGAUUUGCAACACCUCUGUAGUACGUAAAAUGGAGGGCGAAAGUGUUGCCUUUUGCAACAAAGUACUCACUGGCCUCCAACCAGCUACUCGCUAUGCCGUCUAUGUUGAAUCCAAAACUCUUUUCAGUCAGCGUGGGGCAAUUAGCAACAUUGUCUACUUCACCACAAACCCUAGUAACCCAUCAUAUCCACGUUUGGAGAGAUUGCAGGCGUUAAACAAUUCAAGAAUUUCUGUCAAGUGGUCACCGCCUCAGUACAACAAUGGUCCCUUGGCGGUGUAUCUUCUCUGGUUCCGUGCUAUUCACAUCGACCCUGGACCCUAUCUUCACCGCGACUUCUGCUUUUCGACACCUGAUUGGCUUUCUACCGCGAUCACGCCAUCCUACCAUGUUGGGACGUCUCGUUUAACAGGAAUCUACUGGUCACAUGCUAAGUUUUACCCCAAUCUCUGCUCAGACCCACGCUGCAGUUUUUCCGCCUUCCACGAAAGUCUAUGGAUGGUUGACGCGUACGAUAACCCUCUCCCAAUAGUCUUCGGCAAUCGUCUUUCGCGAGUCUUACAAGAUGGUGAAGUGGGGUUGUUUGUGCUGAACGUGGAUGAGGAGGGUCAAAUCCGCAGUGACGGCAUUAACGUUGUCGCUCAAACGGGGAAAAAGUCUUUGACCAGCACUCUUUCUCAUCUUCGGAGCUUCUCGCAAUACGUUGUUGAAUUACAAGCCUGCCAGAGACCAAGCGACAAUUCCGAUUAUCCUUGGGCUGAUUUGCUUAAACCCGAAUCGGGUGUGGAGAUAGAGCUGACGGAUAAGUGGAAAAACUAUUUAUUGCGGUAUUGCAGUCACAAAGUCUUCAAGACUGAAAGAACGCUUCCUGCUGCUGGAGCGGACAAUGUAAACUUCGAAAGCAUCAGAUCGGAGCAGGAUGCUGCUGGAACGGUCCAUGUGUCAUGGGCAGAGCCGACAAACCCUAAUGGUGUCAUUCUCUACUACGUGCUCCGCUACAGACGAGCAGAACAAACUCCCAUGCCGAAAACUAGCACCACCAAAGUUUCUAUUACACAGCAAAAUAAGUCAGAGUCUGAAAAGCUUGCUCCGGAAAUAGAGUCGUCAUCAGGCUCGACAGUCUGGUCGACGCUGUGUGUCACACGAGCCAGCUGGCAAUCGGCAGGCUCUCCGGGAAACGGAGCAGGUGUUGGGGAAACUGGAGGGUUGCUGGGUGGAAGAGGAGGAAUGUCAAGCGGAAGCAGAACUAAACGCCAUGUGCGUUCUCCCAUCACAACUUCUGACGACUCUCGUAUCUUCCCCGGCGGAAACCUCUCAACAAUGACCUCACCCUCACAACAGCCAAAUUUGAGCCUUGGCGGAGCCGAACUUCUCAAUCUUCUGCCCGGCUUCUACGAGCUGCAGAUCAUGGCGGUUUCACUGGCGGGCAAUAGCUCAUGGACACCACCAUUACUGUUUGAAGUCACCACCUCUCCUAUUGAUACGAUAAUAACGGUGACUGCAAUAUGUGUCUCAGUGGUGUCCGUGGUCUUGGCUCUGAUCGUCGCCUGCAUAAUUCAUCGUAUUCGGAAGAAGCGUUUGAUGGACAGUGAGUGGAAUUCGCCCAACCCGGAGUAUUGGCAUGUAUACGAGGUGGACGAUUGGGAGAUGCAAUUGGAGGAUAUCGAUACUUUGAACUUUCGCCAUCCCCUUGGGCGCGGGAACUUUGGCAUGGUGUAUCGAGGAUCCGUGAAGACUCUUCGCACUCCGGCCCAUUGCUUUUAUACUGAGCCUCACAACAUUCCUGCCGCCAUCAAGACACUUUCUUCUACUUGCACUGUAUUUGACCGUCGCGAUUUCAUUACGGAGGCCUGCUACAUGAAACAAUUCCAGAGUUUCCAUAUUGUGAGGCUCUUUGGAAUUGUUAGUAAGUGCACCCCAUCCUCUGCAGUCUCUGCUGCUGCCAGAACCUUUCGCGGUGGUGGAGGUGGAAGUGGUAGUGGUAGUGGUGGUGGCGUUGUCGGCGGUGGUGACGAUGGUGGUGGUGGUUUUAGCGUAGCCAAAACGAAGUUUCGCUUCAACCUCCUUCGUCUCCUUGAUGGUGGUGGCUUCUGGCGACGACAUCGACCCAAGCGCCAGGCUGUACCCGUGCCUAUCAAGAAGAAGCUUAUCACCUUAUCCUCUGAAGAAGCUAUGACUGGUAACACGGGUAACGGAAGUUCCCUCACACAUAACACUGCUGGAACACCUGCUAACGAAGUGUUUAACACCGCAAAGGCACCUGACGGUUCUAACGGAACAACAGAUACCUCUCCAACGAAGCGGGCCUGGACGAGGGGUGGACGAUUUGGUAGAGGCUCGUUUUCUCGUCUGCUGCUGAAGAACCAAAGGAACCGCAAGGCUACCUCAACGGCACAGGAUGAGACUGGUGUUGCGACUGUACAGCACUGCUCCAGCUCCGACUCCAUUCGACCCUUCUCCCAGUACGGCCUUUUCGUGGUGAUGGAGUUGAUGGAGAAUGGGGAUUUGGCCUCGUAUUUGCGCAAGCUUGGUGACAGUGGUAUUGGUUUUGUAAAGCCAGCACAGGCUUACCUAUGGGCUGUUCAAAUUGCAGAUGGAAUGGCUUACUUGGAAAGGAAGAAAUAUGUUCAUCGCGACUUGGCUGCUCGAAAUUGCCUGGUAGACGGGAGAGGCGUGGUGAAGGUGGGCGAUUUCGGCCUAUGUCGAGAUAUUUACGAGAGGAAUUACUAUCACAAGGUGGGCGCUGGUAAGCUGCCCGUGCGGUGGAUGGCACCGGAGUCAUUGCAGUCCGCCUAUUUCACUUCUCGCUCCGAUGUGUGGUCGUUUGGUGUAGUUUUGUGGGAAAUCGCAACAAUGGCGUGUUUGCCGUACCAAGGCAUGUCCCACAAUGAGGUGAUCUCUUAUGUUCUCGACGGUAACACACUUGUCUCUGGCGGAGCUCCAAUUAAUUGCCCUCCCCUCCUACAAUCGGUGAUGCUCUAUUGCUGGUCCUACCGACCAGCUCAGCGACCCACUUUUUUGCAUCUUCUCUUCCUUCUCGCACCUCGCUUCGCUGACGCAGAUUUUCGUCAGGCUAGCUACUUCUACGUGGGCGAUACCUUCACUCAGCAGCCACCACCGUGCCAAGACUUUGAAAAGUCGACAUCGAACUCGGCUGUUACUGGAGCUGCACCCGCUGCUGACUUUGCUGAUCUUCCUACUCUAAUUAAAACCGUCCUUGGACCUCCUCACGGUGCUGGUGGCUCAGGAGACAGUAACAGCCUAUCGGAGGACUCUCCACAACCCACUGUCCCCAUUUGCACCGCUUCCUCUUCGCAUUUUUACAGUCCUUCUUCCCACUUUAUGAAAGAGCAGUCAGUAGAGCAGUCGCAGUUACGGCAGCAACACGAUGUCGAAGAUGGAGAUACUGUUGGCGAUGGCUGCUCCCUGGAUGACGGGGAUAUAUCGUCUUGUUGA